AGCAAGCACCAGGAAGCAUGGGACCGGGUGUGUGGCUGUUGCUGGCUCUUAGUUCCUGUCUAAUUUCGCAAAGUUCAUCUAGAACAUUCCAAAUUGAUUAUGACAAUGACUGUUUCCGAAAGGAUGGCAAAACUUUUCGCUACAUUUCGGGGAGCAUACACUACUCUCGUGUACCUCGUUACUAUUGGAAGGACCGCCUUAUGAAAAUGUAUAUGGCGGGAUUGAAUGCAAUUCAAACAUAUGUGCCAUGGAAUUACCACGAGACCGAAUCUGGCAAAUAUGACUUCACUGGAGAUAGAGAUUUGGAAUACUUCUUAAAGUUGUGCAAUGAUAUCGGUUUGCUGGUCAUUUUACGAGCUGGGCCCUUUAUUUGUGCAGAGUGGGACAUGGGUGGUCUUCCUGCCUGGCUGCUGCAGAAGAAGUCAGUCGUCCUUCGAUCUACAGAUCCAGAUUUUCUCCAGUUUGUUCAUAAAUGGAUGGAUGUUUUACUUCCCAAGAUCAAACCAUUUUUGUAUCAGAACAAUGGACCAAUUAUUGCGGUACAGGUGGAGAAUGAAUAUGGUAGCUACUUUGCUUGUGACUAUGAUUACCUACGAUACCUACUGAAUCUCUUUCGGUAUCAUCUGGGAGAUGAAGUUAUUUUGUUUACAACGGAUGGAGCAGACAAAAGGUUCCUGAAGUGUGGUGCACUGCAAGGGCUAUAUGCUACAGUGGAUUUUGGUCCAGGUGGAAAUGCUACAAAAUCAUUUGAAGCUCAAAGAUAUGCAGAGCCUCAUGGACCACUGGUAAACUCUGAGUUUUACACAGGAUGGUUGGAUCACUGGGGCAAGAAACACUCUGUGAUUAAAAAAGAAGUCGUUGCUAAAUCAUUGGAUGAAAUCCUUGCCCUUGGAGCCAAUGUCAAUAUGUACAUGUUUGAAGGAGGAACAAACUUUGCCUACUGGAAUGGAGCAAACUCUCCCUAUUGGCCAGAGCCAACGAGUUAUGACUAUGACGCCCCCCUGUCAGAAGCAGGAGACCCGACUGACAAAUACUUCAGUGUUCGGCAAGUUAUUGGAAAGUACAAAACAUUACCUGCCGGUCCUGUACUUCCUGCGACCCCCAAAUAUGCAUACGGGUUAAUACAAGUUAAAAAGUUGCAGAGUGUCGUAGAAUUGGUUAACUUGCUGUCGUUCUCUGGCCCAGUCAAGUCUGUUUACCCACUGACGUUUGUGGAGAUGAAGCAGUAUUCUGGAUAUAUGCUGUAUCGAAAUACCCUGCCAAUAAAUUGCACUGAGGGUACCCCACUGGCAUCGCCUGAGAAUGGUAUCCAUGACAGAGCCUACGCCAUGGUGGAUGGGGUUUUCCAAGGGAUUCUGGAGAGAAAUAAAAUCAACACAAUCAACAUCACUGGACAGGCUGGUUCAAGACUUGACAUAUUAUUAGAAAACAUGGGAAGAAUAAAUUAUGGGGAAGGCAUCCAUGAUUUCAAGGGACUGGUAACAAAUCUAACUUUGGCUUCAAACAUCCUGACCAACUGGACCAUCUAUUCAUUAAAUAUUGACGAAGUGGUGGCCAGUGGCUACUUAAACAAAUUCCAGAGGAUGACUCCAGAAGCCCCAGCUGAGGUUAAUGCGAGUGUGCCAGCUUUUUAUUUAGGUACCUUUGUGAUUCCAAAUGGUAUUCCAGAUCUACCUCAAGAUACAUACCUCAAAUUUCCUGGAUGGACUAAGGGUCAAGUGUGGAUCAACGGCUUUAACCUAGGUCGUUACUGGCCAGCCAGGGGACCCCAAAUCACUCUGUAUGUUCCUGCUCAUAUUCUCAGCACCUCCGCAGUUAACAACGUCACAGUGCUGGAGCUGGAGAAUGCACCGUGUGGAGCUGAGCAUAACGCAGUCUGUGCUGUGCAAUUUGUGGACACUCCUGUUUUAAAUGGAACCACAGCUUACACCAACUUUCUCCAGAAGCUUUCAAUAAACAGUCUUGGCAUGCAUGACCUGAAUGGUUAAUGUGUUACUGAUCUGGUGUGACACAUCAGUUUGUGUGGAUGACUAUUGAAUAUGGAUGUCUUUUUCCAUAUUGUAAGUGAAGCUAACACUUCUGUCUUUUUUUUUUGCUUUUUACUGAUGCAAGUUGAUAAAUAACCAACGUUACAACCAUGCAACCAUCUUGGGAUUGUGUGAAAGAAAUAAAACAAUGAGGUAGAGAUUCAUUUGCACAGAUCCGUAGUUUUCUCUCUGCCCUUAAAACUGGUUAAAAACUCGAAUGAGACUUUGACAGAUUUUUUACUGGAGAAAUAAAUGAAAAUGUUUAAUGAUAUUGAAUUGCCAAGAAAUAAAAUUGAUUCUGAGGGGUGAUCAUUAUUUACCUUUGAUUUAAUACAAGGUUUGGGGGAAAAAAAUCAGGGCAUGUUGUAACAUUAAUAAUGAAUGUAAAUAAUAAAUCCUGACUACUUCAAAUUUCGUGUUAUAUUGUUCAUGCACUAUAAAGACUGAAAUCAUUUAAA